CUUACUCCUGCCACAGUGGCCCUGCCAAUCUAGAGGGCUAAUGGUUCCCGUGGGCGGCCCGGCUGAUUAUGUCCACGUCCACAGAGGUGGCGGGCAGGUUCCUGGUGUCGGAGACCUCCACGCACUUGCUAGUGUUUGGCAUGGAGCAACGGCUGCCGCCUAACAGCGAGCUGGUGCAGGCCGUGCUGCGGCUGUUCCAGGAGCCGGUCCCCAGAACUGCCCUCCGGAGGCACGAGAGGCUGUCCCCAUACAGCGCCCGAGCCCGGGUCACCAUCGAGUGGCUGAGAGUCCGCGAGGACGGCUCCAACCGCACCGCCCUCAUCGACUCCAGGCUGGUGUCCGUCCACGAGAGCGGCUGGAAGGCCUUCGACGUGACGGAGGCCGUGAACUUCUGGCAGCAGCUGAGCCGGCCGAGGCAGCCGCUGCUGCUGCAGGUGUCGGUGCAGCGGGAGCACCUGGGCCCGGGGACGUGGAGCGCGCACAAGCUGGUCCGCUUCGCAGAGCAGGGGCCGCCGGGCGGCGAGGGGCGGGGCGAGCCGCAGCUGGAGCUGCACACGCUGGACCUCAAGGACUACGGAGCUCAAGGCAAUUGUGACCCCGAGGCCCCGGUGACUGAAGGCACGCGAUGCUGUCGUCAGGAGAUGUACCUGGACCUGCAGGGGCUGAAGUGGGCCGAGAACUGGAUCCUAGAACCUCCAGGUUUCCUGACUUACGAGUGUGUGGGCAGCUGCCUGCAGCCACCGGAGUCCCUGACCACCAGGUGGCCGUUUCUGGGGCCGCGGCAGUGCAUUGCCUCCGAGAUGACCUCCCUGCCCAUGAUUGUCAGCAUCAAGGAGGGAGGCAGGACCAGGCCUCAGGUGGUCAGCCUGCCCAACAUGAGGGUGCAGAAGUGCAGCUGUGCCUCGGAUGGGGCGCUCAUUCCCAGGGGGAUAGACCUGUAGUCCUUAUGUAGCCACUGUUUUCACACCUCGUAAGCUACCUUGUCCGAACUCGGUGCCCACGGUUUUCCUUUGCCCUACAGUCUCCCGAGCGUGGCUUUCCUGUCCGCCCCCUCGCCUAAGCACUUACAUGAGUAACUAAUGUCACUCCACUAGCACACCCUGGCCCACUUAGCACAGGACAUGGCUAAGCAGCGAACAGGUUCCCAGCUGAGUCUGUUUCCUGGCCAGUUCUCAAUCGUGGAAUAAAACCCUGUGGCGAGAAGAGGGGAAAUCAAAGCUAAUUUACUCUAUCGCAUAGUGAUGUUUAAAUUCAUUUAAACGAAACAACGAAAACAGGAAGAUCCCAGUGAGCCCUAGGUUGGAGGGUUAUCUGGAAAAAGAACCCCACAAAUACACAUUCUAGACGUUUUUAUUUUUAUUUUUUUGAGACGGGGUGCCAGUAUAUAGCCCAGGUCUCAAACUCAAAAGUAGAUCUGCCUCUGCUUCCCAAGUGCUGAGUUAAAGCCACUGUCUCUUAACAGCACACUGAGCAGGGAUGGGUGAACAGCUAUACUCUGGAUCAACGGUCAGGAAACCAAACGUUUAGCUUCCGGAACUGAGCACAGGCAGGGGUCUUGAGGCAACGCACAAGCCCGUGAGCUACUCUGUUCGCCUAAAAAUAGGAGCCAUGGGCUUCAGCUGUACGCUUCAUCGCUCUGGCGAACAGACAGCCCUUAGCACUCUGCACUAUUUCAGAGUCAGCGUGACUGGAGACUGGGUGUGUUUGGCAUCUCCCCUGUCUUAGAGAACUACCACGAGAAAGUAUGUGUAUUAACAUGAUGCUUUUUUAAAAAAAUAUAUUUAGCAAAAAAACCAAGGAAACAUAAUCUGAAGAUACAAAAUUAAAGUGAUGUUUCACUCUU